AAAAAAAAAAAAAAAAAAAAAAAAAAAAAAAAAAAAAAAAAAAUCAAAGAGCCCACACGCCAGGGGUGCAGGUGCAUACUCUGCACGCAUAAGCCAAGGGAAGCUCGCCCGUCUCUCCAUCGUCGCGGGGGUGGCGUGUGCGCGUGGCCCUCCCCCUAUCCCGCGCGCGCGCGCGUGUGUGUAUGUGUAAGUGUAUGUGCACCGCUGUUUUUAAUAAUUUUUGUGAGUGGGUGCUUGCGUGCAAAAGUACUUAUUUGUUGUGCCUGAGUGUACAUAUAUUAUAUUUUACCACACGCUGGUGUCCGGUCGACGCACACUCGUGCACGUAAUAAAUAUUGUAUGUGACACAGUGAUUGUUUUAAUUGUUACAAUUUCCAAAGGGGGUCUAGGGACGAAGUCGGCGAGUGUCGAGUAAACAACAACAACAACAACAACAACAAGAAAGUUGGGCGUGCGUGAAAAUUAGUGAGACAAGGUGCAAGUUGGUUGAUAUCGUUGGUCGUGGUGCGUAUUAUGGCGCAGCAUGGCUCGUCGCCGGUGCUGCUGCUACAAUUGUCCUCCCGGUCGUCGGUCGCCAAUCGCUGGUACAGCCAGCUCCUGUCACUGUCGCUGCUCGCGUUGGCGGCCAGCGGUGCCGGUGUGGUGCCUCCCGUCCAUCACGCGUCGGCUCGGCUGCUGGGGAGCACGGGACUGCUGGAGGUGAGAGGGGCCGGCCUCGGGGAUCCUGCUCUCGGCGGGAGUCGCGUCACCUGGACCUAUGACCUGGACUGUGACAGGGAGGAGGGCUCGUUGGUGCUCGUCGAGGUGACGCCGGACGCCGACGGGGCUGUUUAUCGGGUCGAGCGGACGAGCGAUGCCAAGGGGUACGAGGGCGCGCAGAUUUGCCUCGACGGCCGGCCCACCGGGGUUUUUGUUAGGACGGACAACGAGGGCGAAGGGAGAAAGACGCGCCAGCGGCGCGCGUACGACGACAACGUCGCCAAGCAUCCACCGCGCGACCUCCAAAUCGAGGGUCUGCUGGUGGAAACCGCCAGCAAGUUGCACCACGACGACGACGGCACGCCGCAAAUUUUGGCCGGGCGCGACGCAACCGUGCGGAUCUUUGGUGUGGGGAUCACCAACCGGACGGUGAUCGCGUUCAACGACCAGUCGGGAAAACGAGGCGACAUCUGCGACAAAAUCAAGUCGGGCGAGUAUCGAGUGAGAGACGUCGAGAGAGACAUAACGGCCGUGGCCAACAUAUCUCUUCCUCUGGGCUCGCCGUUCUUCAUAUGCGCGGCGCAGCUGAACCUCGACGGUGUCCGAGACGACCUGUUCCGUCACCAAGGCCCGGAGAGAUACAAAACUAUACAUACGUAUAAAAGUUUACUUCCUUUGUGGCUCAGCAUCGUGAUCAUUUUGACGUGCCUGUCCUUCUCCGCCCUAUUCUCGGGCCUCAACCUCGGCCUGAUGGCGAUCGACAGAACGGAGCUCAAGAUCCUCUGCAACACCGGUACAGAGAAAGAAAAACAAUACGCGCGUACCAUAUCCCCGGUGCGCAACCACGGCAAUUACCUGCUCUGCUCGAUUCUCUUCUCCAACGUGCUGGUCAACUCGAUAUUCACGAUCAUCCUCGAGGAGUUGACCUCAGGGGCUGUUGCCGUCUUCUGCUCGACCCUCGCGAUCGUCAUUAUCGGUGAAAUAUCGCCGCAGGCCAUUUGCAGCAGACACGGUCUGUGCAUCGGCGCCAAGACCAUAUACGUCACCAAAAUGACGAUGCUGAUCACGUUCCCGCUGAGCUACCCGAUCAGCAAGAUACUGGACUUUUGUCUGGGCGAGGAGAUCGGUAACGUUUACAACCGCGAGCGGCUCAAGGAGCUCGUUAAGGUCACUACGGGGUACAACGAUUUGGAAAAAGACGAGGUCGACAUAAUUGCAGGUGCCCUGGAGCUUCGCAAAAAAACAGUCGCCGACAUAAUGACGCACAUCGACGACGUUUACAUGCUCGACCACAACAGAAUCUUGGAUUUCGAAACUGUCUCCGAAAUCAUGUCAUCUGGCUACUCGCGCAUCCCUGUAUACGAAGGCACUCGCACCAACAUCGUGACGAUAAUGUACAUCAAGGACCUGGCGCUCUGCGAUCCCGACGACAACAUGCCCCUGAAAACGCACUGUCAGUUCUACCAGAACCCCUGCAACUUUGUCUUCGAGGACGUCACGCUGGACGUCAUAUUCAAGCAAUUCAAGGAAGGUCCGUAUAUACUUUCGCACGAAAUCUUAUUGAAUGUGUAUCUUCUUGAGCUUCCCAGUUUCGAAGAUUAGAUAAACCGCGUGUGUCGAUUGUAUUGGGCGUAACGCGCGUCGCGGGAUAAGGCGAUAAGAAUUCGAUACAUUGAUUUCACUAGAAACGCCGAUAAUGAAAUAAUAAUAAUAAUAAUAAUAAUAAUAAUAAUAAUAAUAAUAAUAAUAAUAACGUGCUUGUGUUUCAAAACAGGCGUCGAUGCCUUCAAGCAGGACGUGAUAUCCGAGACGAUUUUACGGCGUCUCCUCAAGCAAGAUAUCAUCUGUCACAUAAAAGUGAAAUCGCGCGAAAAAGCGCGGGGGGAUCCAACGACCGUGAUUUAUCAGCAAGGAAAGCCGGCCGAUUACUUCGUACUCGUUCUCGAGGGUAGAGUCGAAGUGAUGGUCGGUAAGGAAAACCUCACGUUCGAGAGCGGGCCUUUCUCCUACUUUGGCACCCAAGCUUUGGCCGCGAACGUUGGCGUUGCAGCAGCGUCGAUGGUCACCGAGUCGCCGACGAACCCGAAUCCCCAAACCCUGGGCAGCAUACAGUCGGUCAACCUUGACGCCAUGCUGCGCCACACCUUCGUCCCGGACUACACGGUUCGAGCCAUCACCGAGAUAUUUUACGUAAAAAUCAAGAGGUCCAUGUAUUUGGCGGCCAAGCGCGCCACUUUGCUCGAGCGCAGCAGCCAAAAGGACUCGACGGCCGUCAGUCAGGACCAGUUCGACGAUGAGGUGGAAAAGGUGAGCCUCACGCGGAGUCUGGUGUCGCUUAUCCAACCGCCAAAGAACUCACAAGAGAACGAGGAGGAGAGAAUCGAGAUGGACGGACUGACCGAGGGUGCAAAGCUACUGUCCGCAGGUAGCCAAAAAUCUGUCGAAGACAACGAAAGAACGAUCCUGAUGAACAAUCAGGAAAAUUCCUCUUAACACUUGCCGAACGGCCGCCAACCGGCAGCCGGCGCAAACGAGCUGCGCUCCACUGGACAGCGAGCGUUUGCGUGAGAGGUGUGCGAUUUUACCGAUACACAUAUGUGUAAGCUCUAGGUAUCCUAAAAGAGCUGAUAAGUACUUAAUGAAAAACGAGUCGUCGCCAACGGAGCUUGGAAGCCGUAAUACGUGUGUGCAGUUUAGUAUGUGGAAAAAAAACUCGAAUGGCCUUUUGCUGAGCAUUUUAGCGCUAUAGAUAAAAACCCUCGUUUUGUCCCGUAUACGGCAUCCAUCGUCCUGCUUUACCGACGUUUCAGCUUUUUUACUUUUGUGGAACAAAAGGGAAUGUCGGUCUUGCCCACGAUUCAAGCCCAGUCAGAAUUUUUGACACUUACAUAUAUUUUAUCUAUAUUUCUGACUCGUUUAAAUUUUUUUUUCUUUUCUUUUUCAUGUUAACGUGAUUUUGUAUUUUUUUGUCUUUUUUGCGAAUCGAUCAAACUUAGAACGCACUGAUACAUUGCAUUUUUUUUGUAGAUUUACGUGCAUGUCAUCUAUGAUAUUCAUAGAUAAAGUUAGUAAUAUUUAGUUUUUAUAUACAUGCGUUUAAUGAUUGAAUAACAACAUUUUUGAUCUAACACUAAUCAUAAUACCAAUGUACAGUUUAAAAGUUGAAAUGUUGGUAAAUAAUUCUAGUGAGUAAGGCUUGAAAAUCUCACUGUGAUAUCCAUUUCUCAAAAAUCUUUAAUGAAAGAAACAACAAAAAAAUGUUUAGCUGAUAGUUAAAUGACUGAGCGAUGUAAUUUGGAACACAAGUAUCUAAAAUUCAAUUAUUUUUGUUUUUAUCCACUUUUAGUGAUAUACAAUACAUCCACAAUUCUUUUAUACAUUCCCUUACUUCUUAAAAAACAAAAAAAACAUUUCCGUAGCAUCUUAUAUGUCAUUUACGUUUUUUUUUUUUUUCACUUAUUAGCCUCGCUCAGUCUUUAACUAGCUUUUAAAGUAGUUUUACCCUCUUUUUUUUUAAGACCAUAAAACAUCGGUUGACUUUUAGGAAAAAUGCGAAUCCCCGCUUUUAGUUCGAUUCGCAUGUAUCGAAAUCGCAUUUGAUACAUGCAAUUUCUAUCGAUUACUCGAGAACUUGUAGCUAGCUAGGAUAUAUAUGAGUAAAAUAAAGUAUUAUUUUUCUAGUAUAUGUCCUUAUAAACCCCCUAGAAGUCUUGCAUCCGACCUAUUGUUAAGUAAAUUAGCAAGUACAUAUAUCUUUAGAAACUUAUUAGACCAAUUAUACUUUAUACUUCUUUAGUGAUGACAACCAGUUCUCGAGAAAUCGAUAAGAUAUCGCAUGUAUCGAAUGUCUCGAUUGAACGCGCAGUAUGAGUAGAAUCACAAGGUAAAACUUAUACAUAAAUACUGAGAGUACAGAGUAUGGUAAAAAAAGAUGUACCAUGGAAUAGUGUGGGUACAUUAAUCAACUCCUUUUUUUAAAAUAAAUAAUAUUAAUCUGGACAAAAGUAUAUAAAAGUUUCCAAAGUUUUAGGAAACAGCGUGAUUCACCGCAGUUUUGAAAUACUUACAAUAACUUCAAAGGUAUAUGUAAGUACUUCUCUCACAUCAGGGCCAAUGUGAACGAAAUUUUGGCCAAUAUUCUAUAUACAUGACAAUAUAUUUCCAAGUUUAAAUGUUUUUGUAAAUGCAUUGAUUUCUGGUAGAACUACUCAUUACACCCUUAAUAAGUUAAUGCGUGUAAGGAAUAUAUACAUAGCAUAUACAUAGCAACGAAAGCCAUUCGAGGCGCACAGCAUGUAAAUAAUGUGUUGUGCGAAGUUUUAAUAAAACUCACGGUCAUGAGUUGUAUAAAUUCAAUAUUGCCAUUUAUAAGUAAAUAAGCGAUCGCAAUGCAACACUUUGAGAUUACUUCGACUUUCGAGGGAGCGGACGUGUUAUACGAGCCAAAAUUAAAACUAUGUGGCGUUGGAGCGCGUCGAGCCAGACUGAUUUACUCGUGUAUCUUCCUAUUUAACAUUAUUUUUUUCCUUUUGUGUUCUGGUUUUUUUAUAAUUUUUUUUUUUUUGCUGUUUGCUCAAAAUACUCGAAAUUUCAUUAGACUUUUUUCUUUCUUUUGAUCAGCAAUGAAGCUUAGAACAAAUUAAUGAAAAAAAGAUUAAUUUUUUGCGAUAAUUAACGUAGAAUUAAGUUGAUUAAUAUAAAACUACAUUUCCAAUGUAAUAUUUCGCAAUACUCUCUUAAAUUCUAAACUUUUAAAUACGCUGGAAAAAUAAUUUCGAUUUUCUAAAAGAUAUGCCAAUAACAUGGACAAAAAAGUUUUAAUUUUUAAGAAUUUACAAUAAAGAAAAUGGGUUUACUUCUUUCUUUUCUUAAAAAAUUGAGUCCAAGUAAAACCAAAAGAUACGUAGUACUACAACCAAGGCUGAGACAAAAGUGAGUGCAAUUGAACAAUAAUUAACCCACGUGACUUUGUUAAAUCAAAGUUAUUAAAUAAUUUCUUCAAGUAAAGUGUUUCUUGAGCAAUAUAUUGAGCUUCUUUUAUGGACUCAAUUUUGUUGUACUCACUUGCUCCUCUGCGUUUUAUAUUUUAUCGCUUGAGUGACGAUUGGUCCGAUCUACGUUUCCUCCCGAGUUCAAGAAGGUCCAUGCGUAUAUUAUAUGGGAAGUUUCUAAAGUUGUUAUAAAUUCUCAUUAAAUGGAUUAUUUAAUUUUUUUUACUGAAUUUCCUCAUGGACUUUUUUGUUAAUCGAAACUGUUACACCUUCCAAAGUAUAAUUUUUU